UGGAUUUAAAAGCCGCCACGUCCAACAUCGCCGAAUCACUUUGGUUGCUGCUACAUUGGGAUUCACACGUUACUGCAGGUCCUUCCGUCCACUUGUCGUUGGAUAUUGUGUGUUUAAUUUGUGUUACUGUUGAAAGACUAAAUAACAGAACUCCAAAAUGUGUGAUGAAGAAGCAUCAGCUUUGGUCGUGGACAAUGGCUCCGGCAUGUGUAAGGCUGGCUUCGCCGGUGACGAUGCCCCGCGUGCUGUAUUCCCCUCGAUAGUGGGCCGCCCACGUCAUCAAGGUGUGAUGGUGGGUAUGGGUCAGAAGGAUGCUUAUGUUGGUGAUGAGGCGCAAAGCAAACGUGGUAUACUCACAUUGAAAUAUCCCAUCGAGCACGGCAUCAUCACCAACUGGGAUGACAUGGAGAAGGUGUGGCAUCAUACAUUCUACAAUGAGUUGCGUGUGGCACCUGAGGAGCACCCAGUGCUACUCACUGAAGCGCCACUGAAUCCAAAAGCCAAUCGCGAGAAGAUGACCCAAAUCAUGUUUGAGACCUUCAACUCGCCCGCCAUGUAUGUUGCCAUUCAGGCUGUGCUCUCUCUGUAUGCUUCGGGUCGUACCACCGGUAUUGUGCUAGACUCCGGUGAUGGUGUUUCGCACACAGUGCCCAUCUAUGAAGGUUAUGCACUGCCACACGCCAUCUUGCGUUUAGACUUGGCUGGUCGUGAUUUGACCGACUAUCUUAUGAAGAUUUUGACCGAGCGCGGUUAUUCGUUCACCACCACCGCUGAGCGUGAAAUCGUCCGUGAUAUCAAGGAAAAGUUGUGCUAUGUCGCCUUGGACUUUGAGCAGGAGAUGGCUACUGCUGCUGCCUCCUCGUCGUUGGAGAAGUCGUACGAGUUGCCUGAUGGUCAAGUGAUUACCAUUGGCAACGAACGUUUCCGCACACCCGAAGCCCUCUUCCAGCCCUCAUUCCUGGGCAUGGAAUCAUGCGGUAUUCACGAGACUGUCUACCAGUCAAUCAUGAAGUGCGACGUGGACAUCCGUAAGGACUUGUACGCCAACAACGUACUGUCCGGCGGCACCACCAUGUACCCAGGUAUUGCCGAUCGCAUGCAAAAGGAAAUCACUGCCUUGGCUCCAUCGACCAUCAAGAUUAAAAUCAUUGCACCACCUGAGCGUAAAUACUCCGUAUGGAUUGGUGGUUCUAUCUUGGCUUCGCUCUCCACCUUCCAGCAGAUGUGGAUCUCUAAGCAGGAGUACGACGAAUCCGGCCCUGGCAUUGUGCACCGCAAGUGCUUCUAAACAGUCAAUACUGACGCUAAAACAACAAAAACCCACACUAUUAAAAUCUGAAAAGAUGCGGUCCACACGCUGUAUUGGCCACCACUGAGCUACAGCUACGCCCUGCCUGCCUUAAGAUCUGCUGAGCAUCCACCCCGCCCUCACGGGAGUGUGUGUGUGUCUUAGCGGCAUGUGGCACUCAUACAUAUCAACAACACACAUACAUGAGAAUAAAAAUAAUAAUAUAUAAAAUAGUUAUAGAAAAGGAACAUUAAACUCAAGAACCCACUCGAAAUCUCUUCCCUUCUAUUUUCUCACGAUUCGAUUCUUUUGCUUUGUUUUCGAUUUAUUUUCUAGAUUAAUGCAGUAUUCGACGUUUGUAUGAACAGGAAUAAACUUUAUUUGUUCGCCAGAAAACAACAGCGAAGUCUCUUUA